GCGUCCGGACUCAGAACUGCAGCUUUGCUCAAACUUACAGGAAAGGGGUUGAGAGCGAAUACUGCAUUUUAGCUACCGUUACGGGACAGUUCGCGAUCAGCGCAAAUAAACUGUUACUCGUGCUGCUCACACGAUACAUCUUUCAAAACACUACUUAUCUCCAACCUCUCCUUUAAGGAUACGUCACGGUUAAUAUUUGAAUGACUUCCGCUCUGGAUCUUGUGAGAGUGUGUCAUGAUACAAACCAUCAGCACGAUCAUCGUUACAUUGAUCGCUGUCUAUACCUAUUGUACCUUUCUGUACGAGCCGGGAGUAGCCCUCAGGUCAGUUCUCCCCUGCGUUUCAUGUGGUUGAUGAGGUGUCUGGUUCGAAGGAUGUCCUCAUCCCGGUACCGCAACGUCGUGUGGGAGUCUCCAGAGUUGGUAGCCUACCUGCACCCGCGACCCUGGACCCCUGGCUCUGUUAUCCUGGAGCAGAGGGCCACUGGGAGCGGCGAGGCCAGCAUCUUCCAGCUAGGGGAGCCCGAGUACCUGUCCAUGCUGCUGGGGGCCCGGGCAGUAGGGGCCCUGCUCUGUGACAGACUUGGGGUACGCAGGUGUGCGUUGGUCACCAGGCCACAGACCAACACACCAGCACAGAUUCGUAUCCUUCCACUGCACGGCCUUGAUGCUGAGUGGCGCCCCCAUCUGGCCGCGAAGGAGGAGUACUGCCCCUUUGACCCUGGCUACUGCACCUCCAAGAGUGGCCCCCGCUGGAGUGACGCCCAUCUGGCUGACAUCCAAGAAAAGGUCCGGACUGGGCUGCCCUCUCCAGACGCCCCCGCAGACCUCACCUUCCUGGGUGAGGACCCUGGCCACCCAGGACUGUUUUCCCGCAUUGUGCGUGGCGAGGAGCCCCAGUGGCGUGUGUGGGAGGACCGUGGCCACGUGGCCUUCCUCACCCCCUUCCCCAACGCCCCCGGGCUCACCGUGGUCGUUCCGCGGCGGCCGCUGACCUCCGAUAUCUUCCGGUUGGAAAGGGGGGAUUACGAGGCCCUGGCGUUGGCAACCCGGCAGGUAGCCGCGCUCAUAGGGGAGGGGCUUGAAGCCAAGGGCGUGGGGCUUAUCUUUGAGGGCUUCGAGAUCGACUACGCUCACGCCAAGCUGAUUCCGCUGCUGUCGUCUCUGUCGGCAUUUGGGGAGGGCGAUACCCCGUCGGAGCCGCGCCCGGCCCAGUUCCAUUCCACGUACCCCGGGUUCGUGACCUCUGAGGACGGGCCCGAGGCGAGCCUGGAGAGUUUGAAAGAGAUCCACAACCAAAUCACUCAACUUUAACCUCAGCCCCCUCAACAGCUAGAGAACUAUUGUGUGCACAUGCUCUAUGGAAGUGCCGGACUAUAGAAUUGCUGGGAAAGGAUGGUUGCUGGGAUCCGGCGGUUCGUGCUGUGAAUACCUUUUGAUUAUGAUUGUGAACAAUGCAUUUAAAACCAGGGAGGAAAAAGAUGAUACACAUCUUGAUUCUGAGGAGCUUGUGUACCAAUUGUGUACCAAUUGUCAAAAACAUGUACGCCUUGUAUCUGCUACAUACAUGUGAUAGAUUAUAUUAUACAAUAUGAGUAUUGUACAGAAUAAUUUUGUACUGCUCUCAUAAUAUUUAUUUUGUAUCAGACAAUGUAUUUCAAUUUUCUUCUAGAUAUCCAAUGUAAAAUUUCAUUUCAUUGUAUUUCAUUGCUAUAUGUGCCAUUAAAUGUAAGUAAGCAAAACGUUAUUUUUAAACUACAUUGAAGAAAUGGCAAAUUAAUUGUAUUCAUAUUUACUACACUUCUAUAUAUAGUUGCAUAAAAACUGUAUUCUGAAUUACAACAAACAAUAUAAGUCUGUAACCAUCGA